AUGAAAACUUUUAUGAUUAUUGCAUUCGUCUUGUUGCAGACGCUUUUUGCCUCUGCUCAAGAACUUCCACCAACAAAGCUUGAUUUCCAUACCGUUAAGGUCCCUAAGUAUGGGUUAUGGUUCAAAUGCAAUACAAUGCCAAACGAAUAUGUUAGUUACGCCAUAAAAUUAGCUACUACAUACGCACAAGUAGAUCCAAUAGAUUAUGGUGGCAAAUAUAAGUAUUUUACGGAUCCUCAAGUUGGAAAUAGUUUUUACGGAAAAUAUGGAAAAGGAUUUAUUUCUAGGGUCUCUAACGGAACUGCUUAUACUAUCGCAUCGCAAUGUGGAGACACCGGCCCUAAUGAUGAAUUUUUAGGUGUAUCAUAUUCUUGCGGGAAAGAAGCACCACCGAUGAUUCUUGAAACGUGGUGUUUAUAUAUUUAUAACCCAUUUUCCAACGACCAAAAGUUUGAUGUCGUUCUUUCUUUUACUGAAAGUGUAUUUGUAAAUGCUCCAAAUCGAAAAGAAUCCUCAACUAUAGUUAAUGAAGUUAGACCGAUAAAUCACAAAUAA